ACCCCAUGCGAGAUUGCCUUCAAGAUGAAAUAGAAUUGUUAGUCGAGAAGCGAAACUGAACAAGCAUUUUAACGCCUGGGUUUUUAUAAAGCUGUCCCUGAGGUUCCUCUUGCAGUCCUGUCAAUUAACUCAGCCAAAAGAGUUCUACUAGCCAUCGGAGUUCGCCAAUCGUUUCACGGCCUCUGCCAGCAUGAACACUGGAGCGUGGUUGCUGGCAGCAGCUGAAUUCCUGCUCCUGGGAGACGUCAUCUGGGGACUUGAACUCGAUUUUCACCCCUCUUACCGGAAUUUUAACCCUUGUCCGCCGGAAGGAUGCAUUGCUUCGGCCCGCGAUACCGACAAGGUAUCGGCACGAAACGUGAACUGGACGGGCUUUUAUUGUGACGAUGAAAUGGUCGUCAAUCCCACGUAUUUCUACCCCGAGGAGCAGUGGAGCCAUUUUAAUGCAGAUGCCGCAUGGGUAGAUGUCAUAAGAGUCUACAAGGAUUUCGAUAGGAUUGAAGGAGUCGACUUCAGUCAGUCAAUCCAAAAAACACUACGUAUUGCUGGAGGGAAUACUAGAUGCGGUGAUAUUUCACGGAGGUCAAACUGCGAGGUCGAAAUAGCAUGCGAAUAUGGCAUGGAAUCUGAAGAUUCAGGUCCUGCAGCACCGUUGAUUUGGAAUUCGCUGGUUUACAUUCACACGAUCCAUGAAGAAUAUCACGACCUUCUCUUGCAGAUAGCAACAAUUAUUACUCCUAUGCUACGAGAGCUAGAGUACCAGAUGGCUCCAAUCACACCAGAAAAAGACACAACUUGGAAAUCAUGUCUCACUGAUCUUUUAACCCUUGGAACCAUUUCAUCUUCUGGCCCUUUUUUGAAUUCCAUACUCCGGACAAAGUCAUACUUCAGACAAAAGGCGAACGAGGGUUCCUCCAUGAAUGAAACUACCAAAGAUACAACCAUGGGUCUAGUUCGACACAGUACGGCCAUUGCCAUGCAUUUACUUUCUGAUGACAGAAGGGGAGAGGGCAUGUGGGGACCGGAAAGUCAGGAUUCAUUCUAUGCAUACAUGGGGAGCGCCGUCUGGGGUUGGUCCAACGCUACAGCAUUCGCGCUCUCUGCGCUGUUCAAUGGCGGGGACAAGAACAUUGAUCUUCUUUGGGACACAAUAUCUGGCGGGAAACUUGUAUGGGGCCAGGUAGAUCGGGAUAAGCCACAGUUCAGGAUAAUGGACGUAGUGGAGCUUGCGGCGAAUAUCUUGAAGUCUACAUUCGCUAUAGCAAUCCCCGAGCUGUGGAAAGUGACAAAGUCCCACGUUUUUGUGGUCGAUUCAGGUUUUGGAUGCGAUGAUAACAAGCCGCCUAACGACUACCUGACGGAAGAGGCUAUCUCCAUCGCGGGCGUUUGCCAUGAGGAAAAGAUGUACUAUCUGGCGCAGCCCAAAGGUAAUAGCAAGUCCGGGAAGUUUUCACCACCAAAAGGCAUCAAAUCACUCGAUGGAGAGGCAUUCGGGAGUGUAACAAAGGAAGACUUGGUCAAGGGCGCUGUUCGCACCUAUCUUAAGAAUGGUGGAGUGAACGGAGGUGGAUUGCCAGAUCUGACCAACGACGAAACUAUCAACGACCUACUCAAUGUCGACAUUACAACUCCGGGGUACAUCCGCAUUCCGGUCUGCAGUGCUGCUGAUGCACUCCAAUCCUGGCGUACCAAAGGUUCAGACACUGCUGAAAAUUACCCUUGUAACGUUCCUGCAGGGAAAUGA